UACUGAUUGUAAUUAUACAAAUCAAGCAAUAUAUUUGGUAAAAUAGCACAAAUAAUUAUAAGUAAAUUUGAGGUAUGUUUGGGGAAACGCCGUUAACCACGGCAACCUCGCAUUUACAACUUUCAACCGCUGCGGCAACCGCGCAGCGCCGUCAAAUUUCGAGGUUAGAAUCGCGAUGUGAUCGUUUCGCACGAGAAAAAAGCAAAAAAAUGACGAUAAUAGACUACGUGUCGACGUUGUCGGAUAACCCGUACUUCGGCGCCGGAUUCGGCCUCUUCGGAUUGGGCGCCGGCGCCGCGUUCCUCCGCAAAGGCUACCAGACGGGGCUGAUUUUGUUCCGCAGGCACUACAUGAUCACGUUGGAGGUGCCGUGCAGGGAUAAGUCCUACCAGUGGCUGCUGCAAUGGAUGACGUACAAGGGCGCCAAGCAAACGCAACACCUCAGCGUCGAGACGAGCUUCGAGCAGAAAGACUCGGGGCACAUCAAGACCAAAUACGACUUUAUUCCGAGCAUCGGAACGCAUUUCUUUAAGUACGGUAAGACGUGGAUAAGGGUGGAGAGAACUAGAGAACAACACACCCUGGACUUGCACAUGGGAAUACCCUGGGAAACGGUGCAACUGACAGCAUUCGGCUGGGACAAAAGCAUAUACUUCGACAUACUGGAAGAGGCGCGGCAGAUGGCGUUGAAGCAGCACGAAGGCAAAACGAUAAUGUACACGGCGAUGGGCAGCGAGUGGCGGCAGUUCGGCCACCCGCGCAAAAAACGCCCCAUAACCUCCGUAAUUUUGGACAGCGGGAUCAGCGCGAAGAUACUCGGCGACUGCAAGGAGUUCAUAACGAACUCCGGGUGGUACACGGACCGGGGAAUCCCGUACAGGCGGGGGUAUCUCUUGCACGGCCCCCCGGGAUGCGGGAAGUCCUCGUUCAUAACCGCCCUUGCCGGCGAGCUGGGGUUUUCCAUAUGCGUUCUAAACUUGUCCGAAAGAGGGCUUUCGGACGACAGACUCAACCACCUGCUCAGCGUGGCGCCCCAGCAGAGUUUCAUACUGCUGGAGGACAUCGACGCGGCUUUCGUGUCGCGGGACGACACCACGCAGCAGAAGGCCGCCUACGAAGGUUUGAACCGCGUGACCUUCAGCGGCCUGCUGAACUGCCUGGACGGCGUGGCCAGCACCGAGGGCAGGAUCGUUUUUAUGACUACGAAUUACCUCGAGCGAUUGGACAAGGCGCUAAUCAGACCCGGAAGGGUGGACUUGAAGGAGUACAUCGGCUGGUGCUCGAAGCAUCAGAUAGAACUCAUGUUUUUGAGGUUUUAUCAGGGCGAGCAGGCUUACUCGCAAGCCCAGUUGUUCGCGGACAAAGUGCUAAGUUUAGGGAAAAACGUCAGUCCUGCGCAAAUACAGGGAUACUUUAUGGUGCAAAAACAUUCCACCCCCGAAGAAGUGUUAAACAAUUAUGAACUUAUUUGGCAAUUAUAGAUUUUUACUUAUGUUUUGUAUUAUUUAUUGAG